CUGGAGGUUGAGGAUGGGCUGGCGGCGGGUCCGGGUCCACCCUCUGUGGCUCAGAGCGGCGGGCUAUGGCGGGUCUGCUUGAGUCCGGCCCGCCCGGGGCGCUGAGCUGGAGGAAGGGGCUGUGAGUGACAGCAGAGGCUGCGGGGCUCAAUUUGGCUGCUUGAAGCGUUGGCAGGCGGCAGAAGGAAAGUCUGCACAUGAAUAAUACUGCUCUUUACUGAUGUCUGACAUCUGCUUGAGAUGGAAACAUCCUGAGAGCAUCUUUGUCCAGAUGAAAUUUGCCACGACUUUGAUCUGUUUCAUCUGCCUUCUGGAAGAAUGAUAGGAGCAAACACUUUAGUGUUAUCACAUUGGCAGACGUAUCCUUGAUGGUAUUUGUAGAACAGAUAGACAUCUGACCACUUUCCACUUCUGCAUCUCUCCAGGUCAUUCAUUCAACAAAUAUUUAUUGACUACAUCCAUGAGCCAGGAACCAUGCGGGUCCAGCGGAGCCUGCUGCUGGGCCCAGCCCGUCUCUGCCUGCGUAUUCUCCUGCUCCUGGGCUACAGGCGCCGCUGUCCACCUUUGCUCCGAGGACUGGUACAGCGAUGGCGGUAUGGCAAGGUCUGCCUGCGCUCCCUGCUGUACAACUCCUUUGGGGGCAGCGACACUGCUGUUGAUGCUGCCUUUGAGCCUGUCUACUGGCUGGUGGACAACGUGAUCCGCUGGUUUGGGGUGGUGUUCGUGGUGCUGGUGAUUGUGCUGACGGGCUCCAUCGUGGCCAUUGCCUACCUAUGUGUCCUGCCCCUCAUUCUCCAAACCUACUCAGUGCCACGACUCUGUUGGCAUUUCUUCUAUAGUCACUGGAAUCUGAUCCUCAUCGUCUUCCAUUACUACCAGGCCAUCACCACUCCUCCUGGGUACCCACCUCAGGGUAGGAAUGACAUUGCCACAGUCUCCAUCUGUAAGAAGUGCAUUUACCCCAAGCCAGCCCGAACACAUCACUGCAGCAUCUGCAAUAGGUGUGUGCUGAAGAUGGAUCAUCACUGCCCCUGGCUAAACAAUUGUGUGGGCCAUUAUAAUCAUCGGUACUUCUUCUCUUUCUGCUUUUUCAUGACUCUGGGCUGUGUCUAUUGCAGCUAUGGAAGUUGGGAUCUUUUCCGGGAGGCCUAUGCUGCCAUUGAGAAAAUGAAACAGCUCGACAAGAACAAACUACAGGCGGUUGGCAACCAGACUUACCACCAGACCCCACCACCUAUCUUCUCCUUUCGAGAAAGGAUAACCCACAAGAGUCUUGUCUACCUCUGGUUCCUGUGCAGUUCUGUGGCACUUGCUCUGGGUGCCCUAACUGUAUGGCAUGCCAUUCUUAUCAGCCGAGGUGAGACUAGCAUUGAAAGGCACAUAAACAAGAAGGAGAGACGUCGGUUACAGGCCAAGGGCAGGGUAUUUAGAAAUCCCUACAACUAUGGCUGCUUGGACAACUGGAAGAUAUUCCUGGGUGUGGACACAGGAAGGCAUUGGCUCACCCGGGUGCUGUUACCUUCCAAUCACCUGCCCCAUGGGAAUGGGUUGAGCUGGGAGCCCCCUCCGUGGGUGACAGCUCACUCAGCUUCUGUCAUGGCAGUGUAAACUAGGUUGUCAGCCAUGCGUGUUUGAUCUGAUGCUUCAAGGGCAGCUUUUCUUGGAGUCCUUGAUCAAAAAGAGCCAUUGAGCCUGUCUUAGGGUCCUAUGCAAGGACAUCUCACAGACAGACCAACCUUCAGGACACUAUAAAAGCAAGAGACAAUGGAGAGAAUUCCUGGGACUGAUGUCCUUUUACUCAGGCAAAUAGAAGUUCUAGCCCCAGACUUGGGGUCAGGCAACUGGCUUAUCUUGUCUGACCUAGUCCAGUACUGGGGCUAGCUACCACCUCUUCCACUUCCUGUCUGGGAAAACAAUGGUAUAGUAUGCUGGGCCUCCUGACUUCUCAGCAGGCAGACAUCCGGCCUGCUCUUGAGGUCACUGCCAUUCUCACAUGCUACUGAAGAGAG